AUGCCUUGGGCUGUGCUCCUCGGUCUUCUGGCUGCGCUGCUGCUGCUUUUGCUGCUGACCCGCCGGCGCACGCGGCGACCUGGUGAACCUCCCCUGGACGUUGGCAUUAUCCCUUGGUUGGGCCAUGCCUUGGAGUUUGGAAAAGAUGCUGCCAGCUUCCUAACUAGGAUGAAGGAGAAGCAUGGUGACAUCUUUACGGUGCUGGUGGGGGGCAGGUAUGUCACUGUACUCCUAGACCCACACUCCUAUGACACAGUGGUAUGGGAGCCUCGCAGCAAGCUGGACUUCCACGCCUAUGCCGUCUUCCUCAUGGAGAGGAUUUUUGAUGUGCAGCUUCCGCAUUACAACCCCAGUGAUGAAAAGGCUAGGAUGAAACCGACUCUCCUCCACAGGGACCUCCAGGCGCUGACGGAAGCCAUGUCUACCAACCUCCGCACUGUCUUGCUGGGAGAUGUCACGGAGGCGGGAGAUGGCUGGCACAAGAUGGGGCUCCUUGAUUUUUCCUACAGCUUCCUGUUCAGAGCUGGCUACCUGACCCAGUACGGAGUUGAGACAGUACCACGUACUCACCAGAGCCAGGCCCAGGACCGCGCCCACUCUGCUGACGUCUUCCGCACCUUCCGCCAGCUUGACCUGCUGCUCCCUAAACUGGCACGAGGGUCCCUUUCAGUGGAGGUAACUACAAUUAUAAACUUGGAGUAUAAUCUGUGUAACAGGGGUUCCUUCUCAUUUCAGGGAAAUGCGGGUCCUGCCACCUUCUGGCUCCUUCUCUUUCUCCUCAAGCAUCCCAAGGCCAUGUCUGCUGUCCGUGAAGAGCUGGAGCGCACCCUCUGGAAGGCAGAGCCGCCUGUCUCAGAGAUGGCUAUUCUCCCACAGAAGGUUUUAGACAGCAUGCCUAUGCUUGACAGUGUGCUGAGUGAAAGCCUCCGGCUCACGGCUGCACCCUUCAUCACACGGGAGGUUGUGGUGGAUAUGGCCAUGCCCAUGGCAGAUGGGCGGGAAUUCUCCCUUCGACGUGGUGACCGUCUCCUCCUCUUCCCCUUCCUGAGUCCCCAAAAGGACCCAGAAAUCUACACAGACCCAGAGGAGUUUAAAUACGACCGAUUCCUCAACCCUGACGGAACUGAGAAGAAAGACUUUUAUAAAGAUGGGAAGCGGCUGAAGAAUUACAACAUGCCGUGGGGUGCGGGGCACAACCUGUGUCUUGGGAAGAGCUAUGCCAUCAAUAGCAUCAAACAAUUUGUGGGGCUGGUGUUGCUGCAUUUUGACCUGGAGCUGACCAACCCAGAGAUGAAGAUCCCUGAAUUUGACCUCAGCAGAUACGGCUUUGGUCUGAUGCAGCCGGAACAUGAUGUGCCCAUCCGGUACCGAAUUCGACCCUGA